AUCAUCGUACUUUAGUUCAUCUUUAGCUGUUACGGCAUUUUCAUAAUUUUCAUAAAGAAAAGUUUAAACGUUUUAGUUUCAGAAUCAACAAAAUUUAACAGUGCUUCUAAAUUAAUGUGAAUAACUGACAGUUUCACUGACAGAUGCUGUGCUUUUGGGUUUCAGUCGUUUGUAAUGUAAUGUAAUUUGUCCGUAUCAACUAAAAACGAUUAUGAUGUUCGUACUUGGUGUAUUUUCCGCUAAAACUAAUCUAAUCUAAUCUCAGUGUAAAAUUACUCGCAAUAGCGCCUCAUUACGAUGAAUACUUUUAAAGGAGUGAUGAUUUAGGUGUGGUGACCGAAAUGUCUAAUUCAAAGUGUAGCGAGGAGGAUGAGGCGUUUCCUUUGCACGAGUGCGUGUUCAGGGGGGACGUGCGAAAGCUGUCAUCUUUGCUACGGCUGGAGGACGUGGCACGCAAGGACAAGCACGGCAACUCGGCGCUACACCUGGCGGUGAUGCUGGGAAGGCGCGAGUGUGUGCAGCUGCUGCUGGCGCACGGCGCACCCGUCAAGCUCAAAAACCUCGCGGGCUGGUCGCCGCUCGCCGAGGCUAUCAGUUAUGGGGAUCGUCAGACCAUAUCCUCUCUAGUACGCAAACUCAAGCAGCAGGCCCGCGAACAAAUGGAACGAAGAAGACCUGACCUCAUUAGGGCUCUCGCCCAAAUACAAGAUUUCUACAUGGAACUAAAGUGGGAUUUCCACUCAUGGGUCCCUCUCGUCUCUAGAAUUCUACCAUCUGAUGUUUGUAAAAUUUAUAAAUCUGGUUCAGGAAUUAGAUUAGACACAACACUAGUUGAUUUUACAGAUAUGAAAUGGGAGAGAGGAGACAUAUCAUUUAUAUUUCAAGGAGAGAAGCAACCUAGUGAAUCACUCACUGUACUGGACAACAAAGCCAAGGUGUAUCAGAGAGUGCGCUAUGAGGAGACAGAGAAUGAAAUAGAAGAUGAAGUAGACAUACUGAUGUCAAGUGAUAUUUUGGCAGCUCAAAUGUCUACUAAAGGUAUAGCGUUUUUGAGAGCACAAUCAGGCUGGAUAUUUCGUGAAGACCGAAAAGAGACUGUUGCCGGACUUUACAGAAGUGAUAUUUAUACUAUUUCUGGCCUUGUCUUGGAAUCACGUAAAAGACGCGAACACUUGUCCACAGAUGAUCUGCAAAAGAAUAAAGCUAUAAUUGAGAGUCUAACAAAAGGUAAUACACAGAAUUUAGAUACUAACGGAGAACCAACAAGGCGAGCAUCAUUAAACCCACCGCCAGAGAGUGGAGUGGACUGGGAAACCUAUAUUGCUGCACCUCCAGGACAAUACCCCAGUCUAGGCAGAGAACUAGUUUAUAAAGAGUCAUCCAGAAACUUUAGAGCUACCAUUGCUAUGAGUGAUGACUUUCCUCUAAGUGUUGAUAUGUUACUGAAUGUAUUAGAAGUAAUUGCACCAUUUAAACAUUUUGCUAAAUUGCGUCAGUUUGUUGCAAUGAAGUUGCCUAAUGGAUUCCCGGUUAAAAUUGAUAUACCAAUUUUACCUACAGUUACUGCAAAAAUAACUUUUCAAAAAUUUGAGUUCCAAAAUGAUAUACCCAACGACAUGUUCAUUAUACCAGAUGAUUACAUAGAAGACCCCAUGAGGUUUCCUGAUUUAUGACGCUUUGAUAUUUUAACAUUGUUUGAAGUUAGCGAAAAGCCUGUUUGGCGGCGAGAGGCAAAACAUGGGCAUGUCUUGAGAAUGGUAAGAAGCUCAUGCUGCAAGGCUUCUGCGCAACGGCUCAUCACUAUAGAAUUCCCAAUGUUGUUCAGCCUAGGUAGCUCAUAUUCUAGCCACUGUGUUCUAUUUGUAGAGUAACUGUUUUUAAAAACUGGAGUCCAAGGGGAACCCUAAAAUAUCCACUGUUCUCAUGCAAAAUGUUGCAACUCACCUAGAUUCAAGUGUAGUUCCACCUUGUGUGUGUUACUUACAUUAUCUUUUAGUUUAUUUGGUACCUAUACAUACAGUGAAGUAAAUAAAAAUAUGGGAGCACUCAGUUACUUAAAUAUAUGUUAUUAUAAUUAAGUAGCUAUAGCUAUUAAUAAAAGGAAAAAUUAAUGCAACCCUUAUAGUAUUUCUUGCUACCCACACCAAGGUGUCAUGAAGAGCUUUCUUGGUAGUCCAUCUAUUUAGGUGUCAGCAGGUCAGUAUUUUAGGGUGAAGGCCAAUUUAUUGUAAUGUAGCCAGCCAUUUACCAAUAUGUUUUGCAGUUUAGAACUUAAAUUCGGCACUAUAGCUGACACAUGAGAGCUAGUUAAAUGGAUAAUUCUGAUUACUGGAAGUUAGAGCAAAUCUGCAUAUAUUUUGAUGUUUUUUUAAGUAUGUCGUAUAUAAUAAUACACUAUACUAAAAUAAUAUUAUAAAAAUCAGAUUAUUUUACGGUUUUUAGCUAUUUAUAAAGAGAAGGCACUCCUGUUUUAGUAGGUGUCCCGAACCAUUGAAAUACCGGAUUACGGAGAUUUAACUGUAUUACUAAUUGGUACAUGAUUUGCUCAUUAAAAUAUCUAAUCAUGUGGCAGUAUACCAUUAAUUGGCCCCCUCACCUUAAAGUGCUAUCACUGAAGAUUGUGCAUAUGAAUGGAGUAUAAUUUACCUUGACGUUUCAUAUAAUACCAAUACCAAUAAUCUAUGAUGAAUUUGUGCCCGCUGAUAGUCUGCCAGCUGAGACUUGGUACUCGGUUGGAACUACCUGACUACACAUAUACAUGAAACUACCUAAGAUCCAUAUUUUUACUACUUCUACUGAACUUUUGUAUACAACUUCACUAGGAAUGAGUUAUUUUAAAGUAGUUUUUGUUUAAAAAGUAGAGGUAAUUGAAAAACAUUGUGGAUGUAAUGACAUUAUUAGGGGAAUGAAGUAACAGGUAGAUAAUAAACAAAACAGCCUUAUUCCAAAACCUCAUUGUUAGUCUUAAUUAGACUGAACUUUACGUUUAAGGGGAUAUACCAACUAAUUAUUGUAUUUGUAGAUUCAAAUUUAGAAAAAUAUAGAUUAUGAUUACAAUAAGUGUAAAGAUAAAAUAAUUGGGCACUACAGGUAGAUUCACAAGUCCUUUUGGGUUUUUAUUAUGUUAUUGUUUAUGUUGCUUUUUUUAUAAUUAUUUAAAAGAAACUUGGGUUUCUUAUAAAUUUUCUAUACAUUUGUACCUUUAUAGAGCUUAAUAUAAACACCUGCAACUUACUGAUUAUUUUCGUUAUGUAGGUACUGCUGAAUACUUAAUCUGGCUUUCUAAAAUUCUAAAACUCCAAUAGAAAUUUGGAUAGAAUGGUCAGUCAGAAAGCCACAAUAUAUGUUAUUGCUUGCCAAGAGUUAGUAAAUUAAGAUGUAGGCAAUGAAUUAGUUUUGAAAUGUAAAUGUGGUUCCUUAGUUAUUUAUUACCUCAAAUAGUUAUGGCCUAUGCAUCAUUUGUACCAUUUAUACUGAUUACUUUACUUCAUACAUCAUCGUCAAAACCCCGUUUGUUAAUUAUAUUAUUAUAACAAGUUUUUAAAAGUGA